CGGCCAUUAAGACGUAUAUACACCGUCUGCGUGGCGUGGUAUGGUUAGUACGCUCGAGUGUGCCGUGGCAGAAGUUUCGUUGCUACAAAUAUGAAUAUGACUCUACGAUGGGGUAUCGCCAGUGCUGGGAAAAUCUCGCACGAUUUUGUCACGGCACUGCGAGGUUUGCCAGCAGAUGAACACGAAGUGGUGGCCGUUGCAGCGCGAGAAUUAUCGCGAGCCCAACAAUUUGCGAAACUCCACAAGAUCAAGAAGUCAUACGAUAAGUAUGAAGAAUUGGCAUUGGAUAGAGAUAUAGAUAUUGUGUACAUCGGCGCAAUUAAUACUCUACACUUCGAUAUCGCGAUGAUGAUGCUGGAACACGGCAAGCACGUUUUGUGCGAAAAACCGUUAACGAUGAAUUUGAAACAGACAACUGAAUUAAUUCAGUACGCGAGAACCAAGAAGCUGUUCUUGAUGGAAGCUGUGUGGAGCCGGUGUUUCCCCGUGUACGACGCUAUCAGGAAGGAGCUCGCGUCUGGUAGCCUUGGCGAUAUUCAUCAAGUGAACGUCAAUUUUGGUUUCGACUUAUCCGAUAUAAUUCGAGUAACUACAAAAGAAUUGGGUGGCGGUACAAUUCUGGAUCUCGGCGUGUACUGUCUGCAGUUCGCCUGUUUGAUCUACAAUAACGAAAAACCGGAAAGCAUAAAAGCUUCCGGCUUUUUGAAUGAGAAUGGCGUUGACAUGUCUGUGUCGACGACAUUACUUUACAAGGGAAAUCGCACCGCGACUCUUGUGACGCAAGGGCUUGUCACUCUGCCAAACGAGGCGUUCGUUUGCGGCAAGAAAGGUAUGAUAAAAGUGCCGAACUUCUGGUGUCCAACGACAGUCAGUUUGCCGAGCGGUACCGUGAACGCGCCGCUGCCGGAAUCGACGAAACACGAGACCUUCAACUUCAUAAAUUCCGCCGGACUUUGCUACGAGGCCGCCGAAGCUCGCGAAUGCAUACUUAAAGGACUGACAGAAAGUCCGAAAGUAUCACAUGACACGUCCUUGCUACUAGCGACUCUCGAAGAUGAGAUUCGCAAACAAGUGGGUGUUGAGUAUCCUCAGGAUUGAGAGAAACGAUAUUUCGUACAAAUAAAUAAAUUUAUUCAUUUUUUAAUAUUAAAUUGCUGUUUAUGGGAAUAUGGAAACUAAAUAAA